AUGUAUGGACUGAAGGUAGUUGAAAAACCUGUGCAUCAUAUGCAUCAUAGUCAAACAAAGUAUUAUGUAAACAUUCGUUCGGAUCUUCUUGCAAAAGUUUACUUUUACAUUGCAAUUUUCCAUUUUCCAUCGAUUGUUUCGAUACCCGUUGAGGAAGUUUUAUACGCGGUAUAAAUGUUGAAUAAGGAAUUUUUUUAUUUGUGGAGUAAAAACUGAGAUUGAUCCAAUGUGGCAUGCUAUAGUCAUCAGGUGCAUUGAUGGAUGUAUCUUUGUUAUGAAACUACAAUUAUAUUAUAAAUAUUAAUAUUUAUAUAUUAUUAUUACUAUAUAAUAUUUUAAGUAGAAAUACCUUUAAUAAAGGAACUGCAUGUAAUGGUUGUUCUCCAACACAUACCAAAUCACUACCAACUCCGUUAUCAAUGAUUCUUUGUUUUGUAACAUUUGUUAACUCUCUAUCAACUUCAAAAACACCUACACCAGACAGUUGCAUGUCAUCCUGCAGAGCUGUCUUUAAAGCAAAAAGUUCCUAAAAAUGCGGCGUCUGCUAGAGCACUUAUAGUGUUUAGUUAUCAAGGAAAACAGAUGCGUACCAAGGGCCUGCUACUGUUGCUUAUCUGCAUAGCAGGGAGCAGCAUCAUUUUCAUUGCUUUCAGCAAUCAACGACCUUCCAUACAGACUCUAGUUACAGAGACACACAAGCAGUUACGAAACUUCCAAGAAAAUUUGAAAGAUGUUGAAGAGAAACGCUUGGUAACAGAUUCCAAGUAUCUUGCAAUGCUUGGUCUUGAUGGACAAACAAGCACAACACCUUUUAGUUUUAAAUCUCAAAAUGUGACUGUUGUAUCUCUUAUUAGGCCUGGAAAUGAGCAACACAUUUAUGGUUUUGUGAGAAAUAUCAGUCAUUUUUUGCCAAAUAACAGUAUUGUUAUAUAUAGUGUUGGAUUAAAUGAGGACUCUCUGCAAACUAUUAGAAUAGCUUGUAAUUCUACAAAGUGUAAUGUGAUUCAUUUUGAUAUAAGUCUAUUUCCAGCCCAUGUUGAAGAUGAUAGGUUACAUGUUUAUAGACCUCUAGUUAUUCAGACAGCUUUAAACACGUUAGGAAACAUAUUGUACAUGGAUUCUAACAUGCGUUUAAACUCUUCAGACAUUUCAAAGUAUCUUUUACCAAAAUCUGGAAUUUUAACUUGGCCUACAAGGCAUGCAAUUAGCUCUUUAACACAUCCAAAGAUGUAUGAGUAUUUCCAUGUUUCUGCAGAAAGUUUCUUUUUUCUUCCUUUAAUAAGAGCAUCACAUUUAGUAAUUAGAAACGUUAAAGAAAUUAGAGAAAAAGUAAUGUUGCCAUGGGUUCAAUGCGCACUAACAAGAGAUUGUAUUUCUCCUAUUGGAGCUCAAUCAGCGGGUUGCCGAUUUAAUAAGAAACCACAAUACCGGUAUUCCGGUUGUCACGCAUAUGACGCUUCUGCACUGAACAUCGUACUCGGAUUACACUUUAACUUCGACGAUACAUAUUACGUACAUCAAGAGCGGGAAACGUAUUUUAAUAAGGUACAAGCAGAGGAAAUUACAGAAGAGUAUCUUAUGAUCACGCGACAGAAUAAUGCGACUGAAUCGAACUUAAGAAAUAUUAUAUCAAUGGAACGUUAAUUUCUCCGAGAUCACGAUUCGUUUUAAAUUACCAAUUAAGUGAUAUGUCGAUCAAGCACAAGUUAAUAUAAGAAAAUACAGAAAUAAUUUAAGGGACAAAUAAAGACUUCGGUGAAUAAACUAUAUGCAUAUCAUUACCUUUAAAAAGUAAAUUAGUUCAACGUUCUUUGAAUGUAUUUAGAAAUUAAAUAUUCGAAUGAACGCUCCCAUUUAUUCGGAGAUAUUAAGCUGAAACUUUAACUAGAAAGAUGCAAUUUAAAAAAUUCGGAAAUUAAUUUUUUUAAUUAGUAUUUUUUUUUUUUUU